AUGGCUUCCUCCCUUCCUAAUCCAGUUCAGGCUCCUCCACACGUUCAUGCCCUCCUCGAUAGACUUCACGCUCAGUCGGUGGAACAGGAGAAGACGGCUACUGCUGCUCAGCUUCAAGCUGUUGGGUUUGAUGAUUUCAUGAGGGAUAAAUACAUAGCUUUGGAUCAAGACAAGUCACAGUUUGUGUAUCAGUUGAUACUUUCUACUGGGGCUCGGAAUGUGGUUGAGGUGAGUCGAUAUUUCGCAGGAACAAGCUUCGGGGUCAGCACCAUCUACCUAGCACUUGCCGUCUCCCAAAAUAUAGCCAAAUCCGGUGAGUAUGGAGUGGUGAUAGGGACGGAGAACGAGCCCUCGAAAGCUGCUCAAGCAAGACUGCACUGGGCGGAAGUGGGUGAAGGUUUGGAAGAGAUCAUCGAAUUGAGAGAAGGUGAUUUGAGGGAAACAUUGAAAGUUGAUUUACCUGAGACCGUUGAUCUUUUGUCACUCGAUAUCUGGGCCCCGAUGGCUCUACCAACUCUUAAACUCGUUCAACCACAUUUCAAACCUGGCUCGACGGUCUUGAUAGAUAACACCAUCGGUGCCGCUUCAGGCUACAAAGACCUUCUGACUCAUCUCCGCGCACCGGGUAGCGGAUUCACCAACCUGACGCUACCAUAUGACAAGGGAUUGGAGAUGUGUGUGUAUGUAGGGUGA